AUGUCAGGAAAAGUUCAUGGUGGUAAAGGUAAAUCGGGUGCUAAAGAUGGUGGGUCAUUAGGGUCUCAAUCGCAUUCAGCAAGGGCAGGAUUGCAGUUUCCUGUUGGUAGGAUUAAACGUUAUUUGAAGAGGAAUGCUGCAGGGAAGACUCGUGUUGGGUCGAAGGCCGCUAUCUAUUUGACUGCAGUGCUUGAAUAUUUGACGGCGGAGGUGUUAGAAUUAGCUGGUAAUGCAGCUAAGGAUUUGAAGGUGAAAAGAAUCACUCCCAGACAUUUACAAUUGGCGAUUAGAGGUGAUGAUGAGUUAGAUUCUUUAAUCAGGGCCACAAUUGCUUCUGGAGGUGUGUUACCGCAUAUAAACAAGGCAUUGUUGUUGAAGGUGGAGAAGAAGAGCCAUAAGUAA